AACAUGGCGUCGUACAUGUGGUUGUGUUAGGAAACGAAGGAGAAGGUGACGAAUGAAUAAGUCACCGUUGACAUCGGUGUAGUUUACUGUGUUUUUCAUAUAAAUUUCCCUUCCUUAACAAGCAGUCGGUGAUACUCGGCGAUGGCGCUGCAAGGGACCGCGUUGCAGCAGAAGGUCAGUCGGCUGUUAAGCCGACAGAUGGGAAAGCCCGCUCUGAAACCCAACAAACCUCUCGCCUUGAGGGAUGAAGUAGCUAAUCGCAAACCGAGUAAAGGAGAGGCCUCCUGCAUCCCGGAGAUGUAUCUGCUGAUGGCCUGCUGGAAGAAGAAUGACUUUAGCGAUGCGCUGUGCUCAAAAGAAGUGGAGACAUUCCACAAGUGCACACAGAGAGCUCAGGCUGAGAUGAGGGCUCGAUUGGCUCAAGAAGGAGGUCAGGGAGGACGCCUCCACCCGAAGCAAGCCAACACCCUGCUGAAACGACACCCAAACCUCUUCAGUGAGAUAUAGGGCUGUCUUGCCACAGCCCACUGCAGCUCUGACUGACGUUUUGAACUUGAGAGUGUGAGGCCCAAAAUGGCAGCCAGCUGAUGAGGGACUCCGACUUUUGGGCUUAACGAAUUUUAUUCCCGAUUGUUAUUCCCCCCCCAGGGAAAGGACUGCUCGAUUCUCUGCAGACAAAAAAAGACAGUCACUGAGAGUUCAGGGUUUUCCAUGUUGGCAAAGAUCAGUGUGUUUCAGGUUCUCCAAAUAAAGAACAUAAUCCAGUCCUGAGGCAGAAAUGCCCAUAACCAUUUAUACUCUUUAUGUGACUGUAAACAUAAGGAGACGAAAUUGGCAUUGACAUUAA